CGUAAGUACUGGAGUCUGGAGAGGAAGCAUAUUGGUGAUGAGAGGCGAUUACAUGAAUCAAUAUUUUGAGGCGGAAUGAAAGGCAGUUUCUCGCUGCAGUGCUUUGAAAUAAUAUUUCUACACCAACGGUGGUUGGGCUCUACGUUUGCGUUUCUGGCUGCGAAUGGGAACCGGAAAGGAAAGGUCCGUAUUGACCUCUUUGCUCAGGCAUUUCUUUGGUUGUUUGAUGUGCUGGGGUCCGGGGAGAAGAAAGGAACGGCAAGCAGAACGAGGAGGAAAGCUGCAAAUCCGUAAGUCUAGGAGGGGAAGCGACCAGGUUUGCGGGGCUCGUGCCCGGUUGCAGAAAUGUGCAUUCUUUCAUGCAAAUUGCUGCUUCGUCUUCCGCAACUGCAUUUUGCAUUCAGAGCGGGCUGUGAUACUUGCGUCUCCCAGGGAAGCGAGAUCCAAACAACGCAGACAGCAGAGGGCAGUUAGACUGCUCGAUCCUAUGUCUGCUUCUCGGAAAGCAAGCCCCGCUUGAUUUUGACGGAGCAUACCGUACUUCCAAGCGUGAGUGACUUGGGAGUCUUCUGCUGGAAGAUUCAGGGCAGAUGAAAGAAAACCCCUAUUCAGGCAGUGCAGAGUUAAACUACGGAACUCCCUCCCACAGGAGGCAGUGAUGGUCACCAACUUGGAUGGCUUUAAAAGAGGAUUGGACACCCCCACAUAUAUUAAGUAAAAUAGAAACAUCGUCACCUGACCUCCCCAUCUCCCCCCCAUCUACUUCCGUCCCCCUCUUUCUUCCCAAUGUCUCAACAAAUGAAACCGAUUUGUAAAAAUGUUACGAGAGAGAUUGCAUAUAUUUCUGUAAAUCAAGAAAACCUUUAAUAAUAAUAAUAAUAAUAAUAAUAAUAAUAAUAAUAAAGAAGACACCUGAAAACCGGAUUGGACAAAAUUUGACGAGAGAAGGCUAUUGAUGGAAACUGGGCAAUGCUACUAGCAGUGCUUCCAAAUACUGUACCAAUUGCUAUGAAACCCAGAAAGGAUGAGUUGAUCCCACUUGUGGGUUUCCCAUAGAGGCAUCUACUUGUGGCCGCUGUGAGAACAGGAUGCAGGAUGCUGGACUAGAUGGGCCAUCCACAUAGCUGUCAAGUUAUCCCUUUUUUUAAGGGAUUUUCCCUUAUGCUGAAUAGGCUUCCUCGCGAGAAAAGGGAAAACUUGGCAGCUAUGGCCAUCCAUCGGCCUGAUCCAGCCGGCUCUUCUUAGGUUCAGUGUAGUGUAGUAGUUAAAGCGUGUCAGACUAGGACCUGGGAGACUGGGGUUCAAAUCCCUGCUCAGCCGCAAAACCUGGGUGGGUCACAGUCUUCUCCGUCUAACCUACCUCAUAGGGUUGUGGGGAUUAAUCAGGAGGAACACAACUGUGUUCUACCACUUUGACCUCCUUGGAGGAAAGGUGGGGUACAGAAGAAUAAGCACAACAAAUCUCUGCCGAAAACUCAUUCUAAGCAACUCUUCAUAUCAAGUCGGAGGGUUGAAUUUGAACUGGCCUGUUAAAUUUCUGCCUCUUGCGAGACUUUUAAGGAGCCUUUUAGCUCGCAAGGUGUAAUUUGUGUCUAAAUCCUACAAGUCCUCUCUAUUUUGGCCCUCAGGACUUUCCCCAGGCCACAUCCUGCAUUUGCCCUGGUUGAAACUGUGUCCUCCAACUCUGAUCAGGCCACUUUUUUGCCUGGAUGGAUGAUUAAGAGGUGAGCUAGCCUAUUGACAUUGACAUCCAUUGCCCCAACCCAUUUUUGGCUCUGGCCCUGCCCACCACUGCCAUGCGGCCCCUGGAAGUUCAGGGAUAUUUAUUUAUUGCAAGUUGUGUGUCCUUGUUUCUCAAUUUGAUCCUUUUACAUGGUUUUGCACGUCGUGUGGUAUUUUAUGCAUUGUGACUCGCCAUCAUUUUUAUUGAGUUUAGUAAUUAUUUGUUGUAAGCUGUUUAAUUACUAUUUGCUGAUAUUUAAUUUUACCAUUUACUAAUAUACUCUAACGGAUUAUCGGAAUAUUGCUUUAUUUGAUAUAAGCUUAUUUUAAAGUUAUUGUGACUUUCUUUUUGGUAUUGGUCCAGAUUGCUAUUACGGGUGAGAUCUUUGCUGUCAAUUUUCUUGUUUGUUCAGCUUGUGAACCGCUUGUGUAUUGUAAUAUAGAAAGGCGAUAUACAAAUUAAAAGUGAAAUGAAAUGCCAAGAUGGCGAAAUGUGUCCUCACUUCUGCUCUACCCUUUCAGUCUGCCUUGUGAAUUCUUGCUUCAUUCAGAUCUUGCUUAUGAGCCUCUAAGUCUCCUGCAAUCCUGGAUGGCAGGGCCUGACCCUGCGUGGCUUAACCGGAUCCAUGAAGGCAUCUGCUGAGCUGGGGAUCCAGCCCUGCCAGUUCCAACGCAGUGGGAGGAGAGGCUACAGGGUCACAGCCAAAGCCUCCUACGUGGACGAGUCGCUUUUCGGCAGCCCUGCAGGACGACUGAACGCCAGAGCAGAGUUUGACCCACCGUGGGUGUGUAAGAACGCUAGUUCUCCGCGACCCCUUUUGUGGAGUCCCAAGACGACACAAUGGGAGGUGGACACCAGCCCCUCGACAGCCGCUCCGCCCACCAGCACUCCGAGAAAGGGAAAUAAAUACAGGCUAAAAAGUCACACCCCAUCCUACUGCGAUGAGACCCUGUUUGGGCCAAAGCCAGGGGGUCGGGAGCAGGCGACUCCCUGGAUGAUGAAGGGGGAAGUGGCUAAGCUCCGCCCUUUGCUUUUGACUCCGCCUUCUGCUGUGAGGGACCAGCCAGUCCUUUCCCCUCGUCCGAAGGACACGCCGCUGACAGCCUUCCAUCGGGAGACACCGGACACCCAGGGCAAAGAGGCAUUUGGAACCUGGCGUGGAGGAGAAAGUUCUGCUUUGGGGCACCCCGAGAACCGCUUAGAUGCAGACACCCGGGACUUUCUGGGGCGGGCGCCCCGCCAGCCUGUUAUCCAGCUGUAUAAAACUUCUGAGGGUUCCCAGGCCUACCUAAGCAAGCCAAGGACAAGUAUGGAGCAGGAUCACCAAUGCUCAGGGGCUUCCCCAAGGUCUCUGCCUAGACCACGUUCCAAUAAUUUGUCCGGGUUGUCAUCUGCCAGGGUCAUAAAAGCUACAAGCUCAUGUAAGCCCAGGCCGCCUUGGAAAUAAAUAAAUUAAAAGAUUGCUGUUUUCACAUGUUCUGCAUGCAAAAUGACCACCAAAUGGGCAGUGCUCUUUGCCCACGUUCCAUGGGCUAGCUAGCCAUAACAGUCUUUGCCUGUUCCUUUGGUGCACGAGAUGGGUUGGGUGCUGAGAGUGGUUGUGACAGUCCUUCAUUCGUAGGUUUCAAGGUGGUUCACAAUUUAAAAUAUUAACAAAACAGUAAAUGACUGCUUAUAUCAGUCAUAUACUGAUAAGAAUAAUCCCAAAGGAGCCCAGGGCAGUAUAACUGUUCAAAACAGGAACAGUGUUUUUUGGCCUGGGUAAACAGGAAUGCUCUUAAAUUUCUCCUGAAAGUUAGUAAUAAGGAAGACAGACACACCUCACCAGGAAGAGUAUUCUACAAAUGGGGAAGUGCCACUGAAAAGGCCCUGCCAUGGAUCAAAAGGGGAUGAUGGGAGUUGUAGUCCAGCAGCUUCUGGAGGACACCAUGUUGGCCAAGGAGACUGGUUCAGAUCCCUGCCUCAUGCAUGUUGGUUACUGGGGUGACCUCAGGCAGAUCCGUGUUUCUGUCCAACUUGUUCUGGGAAUAAAAAGCUGAACUUCUUGGAGAGGUGAAAAGGGUAUGAAUGAAGAAAUAAGAGGAGAUAAGAGAGAAGUUUUUUUUCAUCCCAAGGACCACAUUUGCUUCUGGGGGGGACCACAUGCCAGGGGUGGGCAGGGCCACCAAAAGUGGGUGGAGCAAUGAAAGCAAAUUUUACUUUUUACAGUGGCCUAGUUUCUACAUGCACUCACACACACCCUCUCUUCCAUCCAUGCAAGCAGGAGGCAUAUCCCAGAGUUCAAGGAGACGGAACAGUGGUACCUCGGGUUACAGACACUUCAGGUUACAGACUCUGCUAACCCAGAAAUAGCACCUCGGGUUAAGAACUUUGCUUCAGUAUGAGAAUAGAAAUCGCGUGGUGGCAGUGCAGCGGCAGUGGGAGGCCCCAUUAGCUAAGGUGGUACCUCAAAUUAAGAACCAUUUCAGGUUAAGAACGGACCUCUGGAACGAAUUAAGUUCUUAACCCGAGGUACCACUGUACAGUCAGGCAAAAACACUUGGGAGUGCAAAGCAGGGACCCUAACAAAUGCGGCUUGGGGAAGAUUCCUGCAUUGCAGGGGAUUGGACUAAAUGAUCAUUGGAGGCCCCUUCCAACUCAACAAUUCUAAGAUUUCUCUGGGCCAGAGAGAGACCCUGGCUGGGCCUUGGGUUCCCCACCCCUGAAAUAUGAGUUUUGCCCCUGCAAUUCUUGAGCACGGUUAGAACAAGUUCUGUGCAAAGCAGCCCCUGCAGUUUCCUUUCAAAC